CGGCGGCGGCGGCGGGCAUGGCCGGGAUGCGGCAGGGGCCGGCGGCGGGGCCGCAGCUCAACGCGCUGCCCGACCACUCGCCGCUGCUGCAGCCGGGCCUGAGCGAGCUGCGGCGCCGGGCCCUGGAGGCGGGUGUCCCGCGCGCGCCGCUGCCGCUCACAGACGCCUUCCUGCUGCGGUUCCUGCGCGCCCGCGACUUCGACGUGGACCUGGCCUGGCGGUUACUACAAAACUAUUACAAGUGGAGAGCAGAAUGCCCAGAAAUAACUGCAGAUCUGCACCCUAGAAGUAUUGUUGGCCUUCUGAAGGCUGGCUACCAUGGAGUCCUGAGAUCCAGGGACCCCACCGGCAGCAAAGUUGUUAUUUACAGAAUCGCCCACUGGGACCCAAAAGUUUUUACAGCUUAUGAUGUAUUUCGUGUAAGUCUAAUCACAUCCGAGCUUAUUGUACAGGAGGUAGAAACUCAACGGAAUGGAAUCAAGGCUAUCUUUGAUAUGGAAGGCUGGCAGUUUUCCCAUGCCUUUCAAAUUACCCCAUCUAUAGCCAAGAAGAUUGCUGCGGUACUUACAGAUUCCUUUCCAUUGAAAGUUCGUGGCAUCCAUUUGAUAAAUGAACCAGUAAUUUUCCAUGCUGUCUUUUCCAUGAUUAAACUAUUCCUGACUGAAAAAAUUAAAAAUCGGAUUCAUAUGCAUGGGGACAAUUACAAACAAAGCUUACUUCAGCAUUUCCCAGACAUUCUUCCCCUGGAAUACGGUGGUGAAGAAUUCUCUAUGGAGGACAUUUGUCAGGAGUGGACAAAUUUUAUAAUGAAGUCUGAAGAUUAUCUCAGCAGCAUUUCUGAGACCAUUCAAUGAGAAGUUAUUUCAUGUGAAUAGCUUUCUAAUUAAAAAUACAUGAAUGAGAGAUCCUACCUGGUUAUGUAAAUGAAAGAAAAAAAAGCUAAUAUUUUAAACUAAUAAAUUCUUGUCUGAUCUUAAAAAAUAUAAAAAUCUGCUGACAUGAGCAACAUGGGUAUUUGGGAAGCCUUUUUACUUUUUAAUUUUUUUGCUGAUUUUUGCACUUGAAGAGAUAACAUGAAAGUUAUUUCUGAAAUAGCUGUUCAUGGGCAUCUUUGUAUGUUUCUAGAAAGUUUCAUUUUAAACAAGUUCUCUCAUUACAUUGGUAUAGUAACACAUUUAUAAACAGUAACUGAAAUGACAUAAUAGCACAAAUCAACUGAUUAUAAAAAACCAUUAACACUCAUUUUGGGUGGGGUUCAGAUUAGAUUAUAAUUCAGAUUAAAAUGUGAAUGAAGCUUUACAGUUAUUUCUGCAGGCCAGCAAGGCAGUUCAUCUCAGGGAAAUUCUAUUUUAGCACACUUGCACAAUAGAAGCUUUUGAUUAAAGAGUCUAGAUGACAUACUAUUAUAUAUACAUCUAUAGGCCUCUAUGAAAUUAUUCAUGUUGAUAUAAUUGAUUAACAAAAAUAAUUUAGAAAAUAUGUCAAGCAUAGUUGAUGGCUUCUCAAUACUGUUUUGCAUUUUUAAACAAAUCAAGAAUGUAAUUUUGACUUUUGUUUAUGGUUAUUCUUAUGACUACAUAGAGAUUUACAGAUGGAAUAAUAUUUAGUUGUCUUAUACAUGGACUAUUUUUAGUUAAACAAUACAACUACACAAAGGAAAGGAAAUGUUUAUAUUUUUAAAAUCAUUGUUAAUUACAUCUGGUAUUUUUCAGAUUAUGCAUGGAAUAAUCUGAGUUUUACUAUUAUAUCAGAAGAUUCCAAACAAAUCCUGUGAUUUGUACUAAGUUAAAAAAAUUAGUAGUUAAAACCUGCUGUUUGUUCUGUAGUUUCUGUCAAAGAGUAUUUCAUUUAUUGAGAAAGAUAUAAACUCAGUCUUCAUAUAGCUUUCAAUUAUGACAUAAUUUUUAUACUUCAUAUUUUAUAAUUUCUUAAUUUUCUUUUAAACUUGGAAAUGAAAGCAUGUGGGGUAUAAAACUUGUUGAACUUUUUUUCAGCUAGUUGGGUUUCAAUAUUAAUCACAUAGUAAUAAUAUCUUUAUGCAAGGAUAUGUGAAGAGUAUUUUUCUUUAUAAGAAAAUUAGACUAAUCAGGUGAGCUGAUACUUAUGAUUCUCUGUACAUAUAUUAUAACAAAAUUGAGAGUAAUUGUGGAUGUUCUUUAGAGAACAUGUUUGAUUUUGAUUUAGCAUUGGGAAGCUAACUUAACAUUACAAUUUAAUUUUAAUUUUAUUUUUUUUAGAGACAGGGUCACACUCUGUCACCCAGGCUGGAGUGCAGGGGUGCA